UGUCUUUGUAUCAUAAUCACUGCGACUCAUGUGUUAUCCACGAUGCAACGUUUUUAUUGCAGUUCCACUGAAAUAAGCUCUGAUCUAAUAGUUUCAUCCGAUUCAUAAAAGAAUAAUCUAAAAAUUACCUCAAUGACCUUUGAACCGAGUGAUCGUAAUAAUAGAACAGAAAAUCGGAUACACGGCACGACGUUUCGAGCAAAGGGUUAUGUUUUGCGACCACCAACGUCUAAACAAAAAUGUCAAAACAAACGAAUCUGAUGAAACUCGAAAAGUGCAUUGUCUCGCGACUUUGGUAUGUCGCUACAGUUUUACAUGAAAAAGAAUCUACCGAUCGUUGCAGACAUUAUCGUGAUGUGAAGAAAUUGAUUAAUUUAAUUGAUUCCUGCUUCGAACAACAACUCGACGAACAGAAAUGGAUUGCCUACAACUUGGCCUUUAAGCUCGAUAAGAAUGAAGAAGCAAAAAAAAGACUUUUUCAUGAGGAAUUUGUUCAUACCGUCAAACUGCUGGAUACUCGAAUACCUCCGUGUACAAGAGAGGAAUUACUGAGACUGUUCAAAGCAGUUACAGCUGCUCCAGAGAAUACUGAAGUUCCUACAUGCAUUUUAUCUCAAGAAAGUCUGCAGUGCCUGGAAAAAAAUAUGUUGGAAUAUCCAGCAUUGAUUCAUUGGAUCGUUAACGCAUUAUUGUGUAUCUGGUUGCCAACAAAAUUUGCUCCAACAGAUUCAUCGUUGCAGCAAGUUUAUUUGAGUAGCAUGAAGCAAUUACUUGAAACAUUUCCACAGAGAGCUCAUGAAGUGAAUGUUAAAAAUACAAUUUCAUUUCUCACUAAUAACCUGAUCAACGAAGUGGAAAACAAAAAUUUGGGAAUAUUACUUUCGAUUUUAUCAAAACUCGAAAUGACUGAUGCUAAAGAAAACGAGAUGCUUGAAUGGCUGUUUCCCGCUCUAUUAGACAAAACGAAUACCGACGAUAUCGAAUUAGCUUUUUAUUCGAGGAAAAAUCCAAAUAUUUUUCGUGCCUGGCACGAGUUUCUUGACGACAUUUACGUUCGUUGUCACGAAGUCAGGGAUUUGGAAAAUUCCUUGAAAAUCAGCAGGGUUAUGUUCAAAUCGAAAGACAAUUUAUCGGUCGCUUUCAACGCGAAUGAAAUUUUCAAGAGAGUACUUCGAAGGAAAACGCACUGGCUGAACGAUAUUUUGGAUGUUUGUUACGUCCCACUCAUGAACGAAGAGUACACAGAAGUUGAAAGAAUAUUGAGCACACCGGCUCUCGGAAGCUUCUGGUUGCCUCUACUAUUGAAACUUUUAAAGGAUUGUCCGAACGUGUUGAUAUUUCCGAUUCAAGAAAAAUCCGAAAAAGGUACAGUCGUUUGCGAUGCCUUGAGAUUCGUGUUGAAAAAAUUGUCAAAGGAAGCACGCGAUGAUACGACGUUACAACUUUUAACAAGCACUUUGGAGAAUCACUUGAAAGUUUUGGAUUGGAUAUUGGAAAACAAAGCAAGUUCUACAACGGGGAGUAAAAUCUCUUUGCCCAACACCGUUUUUCCAAAUUUUAGUGUUAAGUACGCUCUGAAUCUGCUUCAAAGUCACAGUAUUCUCUCUGUAUUAAAAAUGACAACGAAUAUUCACGAAAAAUCAUCCAAAGACAUUUGUUCUCUGCUCAGCGAGACUGAUUCGAAGAACACUUUCCAAGCGUACCACACAAUGCUGAGUGCGCUCAAGGGGAUUCUCAGCUGCGAAUAUUACAACGAAAAAUAUAAUGAAGUAGCAAAACAUUUGGACGAAAUGGAAAAGUCGCUCGGAAGACUUUUUCCUCUUGAUCUUCGACUACAAGUGAUCGAGAAUAUAUUUUCGAUGAUUUUUUUACGCUACGAGCACUUCAUCGAGGUCGACAGUGCCUCGGACAUCGGCGAGGAGGAUUUUACCUUGCGGGGAAAAGAGAAUUCAAUGACGAUAAAAAAUUCGGCCGAAUCUGAAAUUGGAUUCGUUUGCAACAAAUAUGCAACGCGUGAAAUUCUCAUUCGUCUCCGACGCAGCCUCAAUGGGCUUGUACUCGAAAGCGCCGAUCAGAAAAAGGAUGGUACGUUGUCGAUGGAAACUCGUGAUUAUCUCGAAAAAAAUACGAGUCUUCUUUCCAAAGCGUUGGUCGAUGCGAGUUGGCGUUUGGAACUUCUGACAAGUGUCGAUUUCGUCAAAAGACAAGGCACGCCGGACGUGGAUUCCCAAAAAACUAAAGUUUUUAACACUCCCACAUUCGGCGAUGGAAUGAUUGGAUUUUCAACCAACUCGAAAAACAAAUAUUCGUUUUACGAACCAAACGAAAGCUCCUCAGAUGAAAGUGAGUUAAUGAAAUCUGAUAUUGAGGGAAGUUCGGAAAAUGGAUCUCAAGGGAACACCACCAACAGCAAACGUAGAAAGCGAUCAAAAAAUCUCUCAUCACCGAUGAGCAAAGGCUCGACCAACGCCUCCAAAGAAUCCAAGAAUCCGGAACGGACUUUGAACUCUAUGUUAGCAUCCAAUGAAAGCCUCGUGUUACAAUGCUUAUGGAGAUGCGAUUACGAUAGAGCUUUACAAGUUAUUGAGAUGUUUCAGAUGAAGAAUACUCCACUGGACGGUGAGAUUCUUUUUUCACGAGCUAUGCGGAUGUUCAGGAAAGAUAUGAGAGCACAAUGGAAUAAUUCGAACGGCGUUGAUUCUACUGAUGGUGUUUCGGAACAAUCGACACUGGAGAAUAUUAGAAGGGCUGUUCAGGGCGGAUUUCAGACCUCCCGUACAACGAGCCAGAUAGAAACGUUCUUAGCAUCUCAAGAGUCGUCGAUUCGUUCGUUAAAUGCGGAUUCAAUGAGCGCAAAAGAAUUAUUAACAAUGGCAUCGUUGGAUCUCGCGCUCACGAUGGCGCGAACGCACCAGGAUUCGAUAAAUUUGAGUGAUGUAACCAUGAAGUAUUUAAAAUGUUGCAAAAAAUUAGCAAACACGCGUUACCACGUAUUUUUCGAUAGUAUUUAUGAGUUAUUGUACGAGAAGGACGAUUUAUCGAUGAAGGAAAUUCUCUGUGACGCUAGAAUACCAUUGUCGGUGAAGGAAGCUCGAGAAAAGAAAGAAUUUUGGUCACGUUUGAGAAAAAAAUUGGACGACUUUCAUCGAUCAUUGGUCGAACAGUACGAGAAUAAUUUCGACGAAACCGGGAUAGAGAACUCGACGGAAAUUUGCGACGAAAAUUUCCAAGACGUCAUAUCAAUGUGCGAUAACGGUGAAUUGUAUUUGUUCCGAGUAUACGCUCACUUGAAACUGCUGCGUACAAUCGUACCGGACAAUUUCGAAACUUUAGGCGAAAAUUCGCAUCUGCUAGAAAUUUCCUUGGACACUUAUAUCGGCGAUCAAAUAUUCCGCUUGAACGCCGAGCUCGAAGAGAUCGAACCAAUCGCGUCGCAACUCCGAGUCAAUCUCGUUCACAGUAUUCUCGUUAAUUGCUGUCCAAAAUUGUCAUGCUCUUCAGAAAUUAGUACGAGGAUCAAUGACACUUGGGGAUUUGUAGUACUGAACAAAUGUUGUGGAACUGAUGGUUCAUCGAAUGUCAGUUACGAGCCUAAUCAAUGUGUAAAAGAUAUUCUGUCCGAGCUCAUCGAAGCGAUUCAAGAAGAACUGCCUACGGGCAGCUCUACACUGAGACGCGUAGAAGCGAUAGAAAUGGGUGAAAAAGAGAAAAUUCGUGAAAUCCUCAGAAAAAGCGAACGUCUCGCCAUGCUGGAUCUGAGCAAUCUUUCGUUCGGUCAUCACACGCUCGCGUUUUUCAUCAAUGUGUGGAAUCUCUUGAUGAUUCAUGCGCUCCUCGAAAUAUGGUCGAAAGAUCCACCGAUUGAUGAGCUUCGUCACGAAAUAUCCUUAUCGAGCGUUGGUUACAACAUCGGUGACCUCGGAACCGUGAGCCUUGGUGCUCUCAGAUCAAAACUUAUUGGACAAUCGCAGCUUUGGGGUACGCGAUAUUUUUCUCAAACGGAAGAGCUCAACGAGCCUGCUUGGCAGGAUUUGGAUGUGCCUCACGAGCCCAGAGUACUUUUUGCCAUGGUAAACGAGCACGAGAAUAGUCCGAUCAUUCGAGUUUACGAUCUUAAGACUCUGGACGAUGACCUUCGAACAUCGAUGAUGAAUUACACCAGUCAUCACGAAACUCGAGAUACAAGUAUGCAACGUACCAAGAAAAAAACAGCAUUUGCAUCGGAAUUAUUACAAUUUUACGACGAUUUAAUCGCAAAAAGAACAAACAGUUUAAACGACGAGAAUAAUUCAAGCACGGAAAGAGAAAGUGUGUCUACGAUCGAUUCCAAAUCACCAAAAUGUCUGCCCUGCUUAUAUCACGUGAGUUUUUCAUACACCGAAGAAUUUACAGAAACCGAAGAUGACGAGACAAGAGUUAUGAGGCAAAACGACGAUGAAUUCCCAUGGCAAAGUCGCUUAGUGCGGCCCAAUUUGUUGCAAUAUCUUGAGGGACAUUGCUGGUUGCUGUCCUAUCUGGUGCAGAGAAUUCACGAAGAGAGUCCAACGAUAUUAGAUAGCAAUUGUGAAAACCUCGGUCGCACCGCAGCCCUAGAGAAUCUCUUGAAAUCAUCGUGGAUCAACGAUCUCAAGUAUUUAUGUGAUAACAACGAGACCGUCGCGGGUUUACGUAAUACAACAGCAUCGGAAGCGAUUUGGAAGAUUUUCGAGACUCUCCUCGUCAAUGAGGAAUUUUACAAAUGCCUGGAAAUUUUGCAAGCACUGCCAGAAUCUCUUGUCACCAGAAACACCGAGAUUCAACGUUUGACCGACAAAAUUCUUGUAAAAUUAAUCACAAACCCGAACGAUCGGAAUAUCUCCGAGACUAUGAGCUACGUCUAUCGAAUCAAAGACGUGCACGUUUUGGUACAAAUGAUUCUCGAGAACGCGAACGAUUUGCCGGUAAAGGUUUGCCAGGAAUCUCUGAAACACAUUCUCAGUCAUAGAAACAAAGACAAAUUACCAAUUCACUGUAAAUCACGAAUGAACGAAAUACUUUGUCGAGUUACUGUUUUUUAUAAAAUGUUACCCUACUGUGCGAAGAAAAACAGCGAGGACGGUGAGAGCUGGGGUAACCUCGUUUAUCAUACCGAAAAAACAAAUCCUGUGCGAAUCGUCAAGUCUCUUAUCGAUGCUAACCAAUACGAACUUUGUCUCGAAUGGCUCGAGUAUCAAGCAGUAUCAUCGGAAAUCCAUUCUCUCAUAACUCAGGAUCUUCUCAUCGGUUUGUUGAACAACGACGAAAAUGAUUAUAAACAAUCCUUGAAAUUAUUGCGAGCUUUGCCGACGAAGAAAUCGGUUAAUCUUUGCUUAGGCGUGCUCGGGAAGCUCGAAUCGAUCGGCGCAUUACGUUUUGUCGUUGGAUAUCUUCAGGAAAAUGUUUCGUCCAUCGAAGUCUCGAAAUAUCGUCGUGCUUCGCUUGGAAUCGACAUACUCGAACAACUUGACGUUAAAGAAAGACGUUCUUAUCUUCAUCUCAUCGAACAACCACUCCACAUGCUUGAACAACUGCUGAUGAAUUGUCGUCUCGACUGCCUCCAAAAAAUCGUCCUCGCUGCCCGUGAAAAGCACCACGAUAAAUUCAAUCUCUACACCGAACAUUUCGACGAGAUUGUCAGGUUUUAUGCUAAAAAAUCGUUGGAUUUUCGCGUUGCUGUUCAAACGGAUGCUACUGAUAAAAUUAAGGACGCUUCAAUCUCCAGCAAUAAAAGCCAGAACGGUGAUUUCGUUAUGCCUAUCAAUAUUCCCACGAAAGAGGAAUGGGUUCCGAACGACAAGGCGAGCGAAUGCAGUUGUUGCCGUGUCGUGAUAUUCUCGAUGUUCAACAGACGACAUCACUGUCGUCGUUGCGGUCGCGUCGUUUGUGGCGCUUGUUCACCGCAGCGAAUGAGACUUCCGAGCUAUUCGACUUCCGUUCCCGUUCGUGUUUGCAACGAUUGCAAACGUCAGAGUCUCGUUCAAAUGCAGACUGCUCCGUCAACACCGAGCAGUGAGACUUUCGAUUGUUGGAGGUUGACCGUCGACGAAACGCACAACACAACCCUGAGGGAGGAAUUCUCUUUCGAAAAUGCUCCAAACAUAUCGUUGUGCUUGGCCAUUCUAAAUUUACAUUCCGAUCACGAAGCGUAUUCGAACUUUCUCUUAGACAGGUGCGAUGAGAUGAAGUCUCUUUUGCGACCUGAUAGCAAAGGUCGGAUAAAUCCUGAGGUCGAUCACGCUCUCAUAAUAAAAAUGAUAAAAUCUUUGUUGGUAGCAGCAAAAGUAAAAUGUGCUGAGCUCGGCCUAAACACAGGAUUUACGCAUUGUGACCGUUUCCUAUCGCAAGUCGAUUUGAUUAUGACACUCGUUAAUUCGGAUUGUUCGUAUCUGAUACCGCGUACUGACGCAGACGAUCACUUGGACGAGCACACGUUACGGAGAUUGCGAGAUAUGCUAACGGAAAAGGAACAAUGGACGAUCGCAUUGGACGUGAGUACAAAAACGGGACUGGAUACUCACGGGGUUUGGGCCGCUUGGGGAACGGCCUGCCUCAAAGUCGGUAAUUACGAGCGUGCACGAGAUAAAUUUGUUCAUUGUCUCGACAAAGUAUCGCGGGAGGAUUCCGACGAUUGGGUAAUGUUGUCAUAUCCGAGUGAUUCGUACGGGGAAAGAAACAAGAGACUCAGCGAAUCGUGGAAUUCGGGAGAAGAUUUUCGAAGAAGAAAUGCGAGUUUCAAGUCGCAGGAAGGUUUGAAAAACCGUCCAAGCAAAGAUCCACCUUUGCUGACGGAAAUAUUGCAGAUUCUGGAAAGAAUAAACCCCAAUGAUGCUUAUGCUCAUGCGAAACCGAAGUGUAACGGAGCUCAAGAAAUAUUAAAUACAUUAAACAGCCUUAAAGCAGUAAGUCAAGGACAAUACACGAUCGGUCAUACGAAUCUUGCUCCGAAAAAUGUUCGUUAUCAAGAGAGUCUCUACUAUCUUCUGAUGUACGGCAGUUUUAAUUCGAUUCUCGGAUUUUUUAUCAAACACAGCGAAUACGAAAAAUGUCUAGCUUACAUUCUCGAGAACGAGGUUGAGCCUGAGCUCUUCAUGAACUGUGUCUUUUUAUCCUGUGUGAAGAACGGCUGCAUGAUGAAUCUUUGCGAAUCGAUGAGAUCAAAAGACCCGAGCCUCGGAGUUUUCAAAAAAUAUCUUCUGUACACUUGUCACAGCUUGGAAAGAAAACAAUUGUUACACACGUUACAUCAGCUCCAAUUGUUCAUGAAGGAUUACGUCAGGGCAGCAAUGACUUGCAUACGUUUUUACAUCACUGACGCAACGAGCUAUGAAGAUCUUUGCUCGAGAACGCAGCUCCUUGUUGAAGCACAAAAACAUCUCGAAUCGGAACUCCAAAUUGAAACAUUCGGUAAAAAACGACGCAAGAGCGUCACCUCUUCACACAGUGGACAAAAUAAUCUCACCUUGGAAAUGGAUCCCAUCGAAAUCGAUCGACACAUUAAUACCAUCUCCAGACAAAUGGAAAUCGCUAAAUUUCUCAGUAAUCGCGAACAGGAAGGCAAAUCCGUAAGCGAGUUCAUGAACAAACUAUCCUACAUGGACAGCGAAAGCUCAAAUACGCGAACCGUUCCUACUCUCUUCGGCAAUCAACAGGAAAAAUCCUAUCUCGCUGUUUUGGCGAUUCUUUGCGGGCGCGACGUCGAGGAAGGCUUUGGUAUUGCAUUUCGAAUAAUGCAAGACUACAAUCUGCGGCCCCAAAAAAUCUAUUCUCAGGUUGGUCACAUGUUGGCUCUCGAUCGAAAGGUCAGCUCGAUCGAGCAAUUGAUAAAAUGUUGCCGCAGCUCGGGUGCACCGAAUUCAAGUGCGAUUUCCGAUCGUGUUCUUGCUCAUUGCGUCAAACUGUUGCUCGAUAGAUCCCGUACAGAUUCCGAUCCAAGUCCAAAAGAUCAAAUUGAUAGUCUCAUUCGCAUCAUAACCGAUGUCGAACUGAAGAUUGAAUCAUACAUCGAGAGUAGGCAAUUAAAGGCCGCAUAUUUAUUGGCAGUAAAACACUCGAGAGCUCAGGAUAUAAAAAAAAUAUUAAAAGAGGCCGACAGACUGGGACAAAUAGCUAUAAAGUCGAUUUGCACAAAGUGGCUUCAACAAACACAGAAAUCGCGGGACGAUCUGCUGUAAAUUGAGCCGACAUGAGUAACAUGAAAAUCCUCGCUCCUUCUUUUUUAACAAUCGAUUAUGGGUUAAACCAUUGAUUGAUUAAUCGUGAUAAUAUUUCGUUGCCUUAAAAUAAAUAGCAGUAAUGUUGCGAUAGGGCUGUAAUAAAAAAGAAUUAGUAUAAAUUAUUCCUUCAAUACCAAUGAAAUUUCAAAUGUUUACUUCGUGAGACUAGCUCAAGGAUGAGAAUAUAAAUUUUUUAUAAGACAAAAAUUCUGUAUAAUAAAAUUGAUUACUUUUAAUAAUUUA